AAGCAGACGCUGCGGCGGCUCCAGGAGACCUUCGCGGAGAUCGACGAGGACGGGAGCGGCUACCUGAGCCCCGAGGAGCUCGCGGCGCUCUUCAAGAAGCUGCGCAUGCCCAUGUCCCAGUCCAAGCUCGAGGACAUCGUCGACGAGGUCGACAUCGACGGCAACGGGCUCAUCGACUUCGAGGAGUUCCUGCUGGUCGUGAAGAACAUGAAGAACAUGAAGUCCGUGCAGUCGAAGCUC